AUGAGACGUGUGAUCGAUUACAUCGUAAAGGUCAGGGCUGUCAAGCCAUUGAGUAAAACAGGUAUCUUGCUGCUAGCGCAUUGCCAGGCUUGCAAUGAACGUGGGCUUCUACUGCACUGGGCCUCAACGAGUCUUUUUGACGUGAAGCUCCAGCCGCUCUCAUCGUUCUUGCAGCCCUUUUGGAACGAACUGAACGCUUUGCCCAUUGAUUUGUGGCUGAUCAACACGGCCACUGAGGAGAUGGAUCACCGCCAAAGGAUGAAAUGCUUAGGCAACCUGGUGGUCCCAGCUCAGGGAGCCCUGGCCAUGGAUAUCCUCCAAAGGAUGCGGCUUGAGCCGAACAGUUUGUGUGCGGCUUGA